ACAAAAAGCUUGUUUCGCGUUUUGCACAGCGAAACCUGGCUGUACCUGCCUCUUCCAGCCUUCAACGCCCUGCUGGGAGACCGAAUUGCCGACUGACCGACCGCGAAGCGCGGAGAUGCACGAGUACGAUGCAGUAGAACGCCUGAGCGGGUUACUCAGCACAAAGCUGUAGAGGAGAAUCACGGCUUUCAUGGGCAUUGGAAGUGAGGUAUAAAUUGCGCGAUUCACGCACCACAGUAGAUGAUCGACAAGCCAUCAACCAGGGCAAUCGUAACGCCCUAGAGAAGCCUUGCCAAAAUGCGCGCCCUUAUACGAACAGGCACGCCGAAGACCCUCACCUACGACACGAAUCAUCCUGAACCAAACCCCGCCGAAUACCCAGAGUGCUACACCAUCCGCGUAAAAGCGACAGCACUUACCAGAGGAGAGCUCACAUGGCCGGAGCCACUCCUCCCAGACAUACCCGUCCCCGGCUUUGACGUUGCUGGGGAAGUAGUGUCGACCCCCAUUGCACCAGGGGAAUACGCAUUCAAGCCUGGCGACGAGGUAUACGCGCUCACUACAUUUACAUGGAAAGGCAACGCACGCGAGCUCAGCCUUGCGACUGAGAAGGAGCUCAGCUUGAAGCCAAAGAACCUGAAUUGGGGAGAGGCUGCUAGUGUACCCCUGAGUGCGUUGAGCGCAUAUCAAGCUUUGUUCAUUCAUGGCGGAUUGAAUUCGCCAGAGCAAGGGGAGAACUCGGGAAAAAGAGUCCUAGUGACAGCAGCAUCGGGAGGAGUGGGCAUCUGGGGAGUACAACUCGCCCAUGAAGCGGGCGCGGAGGUGGUCGGUACAUGCAGCACAGCCAACAUCGACUUCGUCAAGGGCCUGGGAGCGGACACAGUCAUCGACUAUACCAAGACCGACUUGCUCGAGUGGGUCACUCAAGGCAGAGAAUCCCGCGGCUUCGACGUCAUUCUCGACUGCAUCGGUGGCCAGACUCUGUCAGCUUCUUGGAAAUGUGCGAGAAGAGGAGGAAAAGUGAUUAGUGUUGCUGAGCCACCGGAUCCGAAAAGGCCCGCAGACGGCACAGCGGAAGACGUUGAAGGAGUGUGGUUCAUUGUGAAAGCGAAUGGAAACCAACUGGUAGAGGUAACAAGUUUGAUUGAACAAGGAAAGGCCAGGGCGGUGGUGGAUAGCGUUUAUGAACUGGAACAGUGGGGGAAAGCCUUUGAGAGACUUGAAGGAGGACAUGCUAAAGGGAAGGUGGUCUUGAAAGUGGGCUGAGAGCUCUCACCGUCUGCAGGAAUAAUUUGCGAGUGGCUCAUGGAAAAUGAGAAGAAAUUGUACUCGGAAUACCGAGUCUGUGCGGUAUUUGCGAUCGACACUGUUAGACGGAAUGCAGGUCUCUGUGAGAGACGGAAAUUACUGCAGGAAUCCCCCAAAAGGUUAAAGUGGUCUGUCUCUCAACCUCUAGAAGUAUAGUAUUAUGCCCGUCAGCCUGUUAGUGGAGACUUGCGG